AUGUCGGCGCGCUUCUCACUUCAGCCUAUAGGCCGCUUUGCAGGUACAAGCGAGGCUGUUAAAAGACCCAAGGAGUUCGCCUGCUUCUCAUACGACGACAAUCAUAAGUUUCACCUAGACGACUCUUCUAUCAAAUAUUACUACACACCACAACUAGGAGCAGACCUCUCCAAAGGAUUUGAUACCUUUCAGAAGCUGGAUGAUACCGGGGAUGACCACCUUGACAGUCUUCUCAAGACCAUCGUUGCUCAUGAGCAGGAAACCGGCAAAAAGAUAGAUGCCAACGUUGUCACAUGGAGAGGAAUGAUGACAAAGAUUAUGGCAACGCCUUUUGACAAUAUGGACGGCUUUGAGAUGAAUGCCACCCUCUAUCAAGACUGCGUCUUCAUUGAGGAGAAUAACGCCUACAAGGUGGCAUCUAGAUCUAACGAGGGCAACAACAAACGCAGGAGAGGGCCCCCACUCGAGGUAAUGCAGUUUUGGGGUUACAAGUUCGAGACGCUGUCAACCUUGCCCGCACCAUGGGCAGAAACGUCACGGGAGUUCAUCGAAAACCGUGAGAACGAAGUCGUCAACAACAAAGCUCAAUACUGCUCCGUCGUCCGAACAGGUAUAGGCAAAUCUGUCCUCUGCCUCGGCGGUGAGGUCGAUGCUAUCUGGGACUCAAAGCCUCAAGAAAAAGGCAGCCCCAUCAACUGGGUAGAGCUUAAGACGUCAGCCGAGAUUCGCAAUGCGGGUGACAUGGAGAAUUUCAAUCGUAAGCUGAUGAAGUACUGGAUCCAAUCGUUUCUUCUUGGCGUACCACGUAUUGUUGUUGGUUUCCGCACACGUGAUGGGAUUCUGGUUGAAGCAAAGGAUAUCGAGACUCGUCGCAUUCCCGAGAUGGUCAACGCUUAUCCGAAUCCCAAGUGGAACGCUGACAUGUGCGUCAACUUUGCAGCUGUUUUCUUAGACUGGCUCACGGACAACAUCAAGGAUGAGGGCGUCUGGAGGAUAAAGCGUGAGCCACAGUCACCAACCAUCGAGCUUUUCAAGGUAGAGGAGACAGGUCACGGUGACAUUCUAUCGGAUGAGUUCAAGAACUGGAGGAUCAAGUUAGCUCUUGGACCCAGCGAUGAAACUUCAUAA